AUGUUUUCAUCAGUGAGGAGGCGACGACGAGGCGAGGAAGGAGCGCUCGGACUUUUUGCUAUUAUUGUGUGAUUUACUGACUGACUUCUGGCUACUUGUAAACUUUAACUGACAAUAAAGGUGUUUCGCCGACUUAAUUCUCGCCUGGGUAGCUUUUCAAGUGACGAUGGCCAUGUUACAGUGCUACAAUAAGGGAUGUGGACUGAAGUUCAACCCCGACGAGAAUAAUGAUGAGGCCUGCCAGUUCCACCCAGGGGCCCCAAUUUUCCACGAUGCGUACAAAGGCUGGUCUUGCUGUAACAAGAGAAGUACAGACUUCACCACUUUCCUAAAUACCAAAGGAUGUGCAAAGGGGCAGCACAAUCCAGAGAAGCCAGUGGAGCAGCAGAAGCCCAAGAUUGACCCGGCCACCAAGGACGAGGUCAUCACCGUGGAGGCGCGCAAGGACGCACCCGCGCUCCCAAGACCUCCCUUCGAGACCCCCACAACCCGCCUUCCUGUCACAGUCUCCCAGUCGUUACGGCAGGCUUUAGAAAAGAAAGCAAAAGAAGAACUGAAAGCAGAGGAAGUGGAGGAGGAAGAGAUUGAGACGUCUGUUGAUGGUGUGAAGAUUGGCGAGAGUUGCAAAAAUAAUGGUUGCAAAGGGGAGUAUGAAGGUGAGCAUAGCAACUUAGAAUUGUGCAAGUACCACCCUGGAGUUCCUGUAUUCCAUGAGGGCCUUAAGUAUUGGAGCUGUUGUAAAAAGAAGUCCACAGAUUUUUCCGAGUUCCUGGAACAGGUUGGCUGCACCACGGGCCACCACUGUUGGAUCAAAACAGAAGCUAGAAAAGUUGCCUCCUGUCGCUACGACUGGCACCAGACUGGCACACAUGUUAUUGUGUCAGUUUAUGCCAAGCUUUCUGUACCUGCUACCACAUAUGUAGAGGUGAACCCCAUCAGACUCAUGGCCUACAUUGUGUUUGGGGGAGACAAUCUAUUUGAAUUGGAUCUUGAGCUGCAGGGGUUGAUUGAUCCGGCUCAGAGUAGUGUAACCUUGGCUGCUUCAAAGGUAGAGAUUAAACUCAGGAAAGGAGAGCCGAAGAGCUGGAAGAACCUGUACAUAGAGCGAGAACUACCUUCAGAAAACAAGACAGACGACGAGAAAGCGGAAGAGGUUGAAAUGGAAGAGCGAGUUGAUGCCAUUGAUCUGAGCGACAUUUGAAAGUAGUCUCUUUGAAAAUUGCUUCAGGACUUUUCUAAAAGCUGGUGUCUGUACCGCAUAUGACGUGCAAUGAUUUGAAGCCGACCACUCGUUUUAUUUUGAACAAGACUUGAAACGUGGCGACUUCUAGGAUAUAUCUUUUGAUGCGGACAUUGGAAAAGCGCUAAGAUAGAAUUUAAAAAACGAGAAAGGACAGCAACCAAAAUACAGGGUACUGGAGAGUUCUACCAUGGAGUAUCAAGAUUCACGGUUUAACAAGACUUGAACUGGUACACAUUUUCUUGGUAAGCAAGCGUAAAUCAAAACUCUGCUUUGAUAUCAAGGAGGGAGAGUUAGAGUGGAUGUCAAUAUUCUUUUUAUUCUUAUUCAUUUUUGAAGCUUCAAUGAAAACCUGGGGGGUUUAUAUGACAAAUAUUUUUAUUCAUUUGGUUUUUUGAAUACCAGUGAGUAGUAAACUUUGAUUCAUGUGGAAUUACUAUUAUUUA